AUGGGUGCGCUUGCUCCUGAUACGUGGCCCAAUGGCGAUAUUCCAUUUUGGUGGGCCUUGUCGGCCUGGCGUAUCUGUGAACAAUACGUCUGUGGGCAUACAUACGGUACAAAAAACGCUCGAGACAGAGGAGACCUUAUGGCGACGGCGGAGGAGACCGGCGACGGGCUAGAGUUUCUCUCAGAUCCGGUCGACAGGUUUCCCCUGCCGGAUCUUGAAGGCACAGAUUUCAGCCCGGAUGGCGAGGAAGAUACUAUUCUCACACAAUCGGCUGCUGAAUCAAGCAUGGGGGAUGUUGGCGAUCCGGCGCCUGCUCUCCAAUUAGCCAUCGACAGUACGUGCGAUGCACUAAUCUUACUAACGACAAAUUCGCAAUGCUCAGCUAAAGAAGAAGGCGAUGAAGCGACCGGAUGGGCAAAAAGCAGAGUUCGAGUCGGGCAAGCUCCUAUUGAACGUCCGCCUUGUGCGGGGAGGGUUUCCGCUCUUGAAAAAAGUCUCAGAGGAUAUGCAGAGAAGAAAACUGAGACAGUGGUGGUACCAGCUGUUGGAAACAGCUUUGAUUCAUUGGGAGAAGCAUACGACUACUACAAUCUAUAUUCUUGGGAAAUAUGA